GUAUUUUUUUUUUUUCACAGGGCAGGUAGGAGAGAGAGCAUAAAUGACCUGCUCUGUAACUCUGGACAGCUCUGGAUCUCCUUUUCAACUAGCUGAAGAGAUUUCCUACCUUUCUUUUCUCUAUCCUUGCCUGCUGAUUCUGAGAAGAGAUCCUAUCUUCCAGAGAUAGAGUCAUGCUGUACACUGAGCUUAUCCAGUUAUGGGACGAGGCCGUGCGAGCCGUGGACAACCGAGACUGGGAUGGUGCUCUCACUAAGCUCAUUCAGAUCUCUGAGCCCACAUCCCGCACUCUAUUCGUCACCGCAUCUGUCCACCUCGCUUUGGGUCAGCUUGAGGACGCAAUUAAAGCUCUGGAUCGGGUUAUUGCCAAGGAUGAGAGGCUUGCUGUGGGCUUUUUCCAAAGGGCUGCAGUGCACAUGAUGGCAGGAAGACUGGAUGAGGCUCUCGGAGACUGUAUUUGGGCGCAGAAGCACAUGAGAUCCAAUGCUGUCAUUGACUACAAACAGCUGGGACUGCGCUAUAGACUCUACAGCUGGCAGAUUCUUUAUAACGCAGCAGCUGUGCACUGUAGACUAAAACAGUGGAAUAAAGCUACAGAGAUCCUGCAGGCUGCUCUACAGGAGGGAGGAGGACGAGGAGGUCAAGUCGACUUGGCCAUGCAGAGUGUAGCAAAGAGGGAGCUGAUUGCGCCUCUCCUGGUUCCAGAAGGAGUGGUGUUCCGGCCCAGGAAACAGUACGUAGAGGAGCUUCAGCCCAGAGACUUCCUAGGCAAAGCAGAGGUCAUCAUUUCUGACAUCCCGAAUGAUGACUUUGGUGGUUUUGAACCUCUCAGGUUGCAGAAACCUGGAUAUUAUGAGCCACAGGUCGAAGAGGGCCAGGAUUCGCGCUACAUGUGUGUGAAGAAGGCUUAUAUUGCCAGGAAUGCGGCUGAGCUCACUGUGCCAGCCGGUGCUUACGUGUACGUGUUCAGCGAAGAGGACAAGGAAGGUCUCGUCACAGUCAUAUAUGACGGCCAGAGAGGCCUGCUGCCAUACUUCCUGCUUGAAACAGUGACGAAAAAAAAAGAUAAGAGAAAGAAAGAGACUGCCGCUAGUGGGAUUCCUCUCCCGCCGAGUAUGAAGCCCCCUACACGCCCACAGGCUGCUGCUCCUCCUCUUCCAGAAUUGCCUUCUUUGUACACCAGCAGCACAAACAGCACACCUACACAGCAGAGCAGUGAAGCCCUGAGCCCUAUUGCCCAGACGACGGGAGCAGACUCAGUCACAGUUAAGGUGCACUACACUUACACCAUUGCUCUGAGUGUCCCACUAGAGACACCAUACCGGGAGCUGCAGGAGAGAAUCGCUCAGAAACUAGGACAGCCUGCUGAACUCAUUCGUCUGAGACAUAAGCAGCAUGGCUCCUCCGUCCUGACACCUCUGGAGGAGGAUGGAGGUGUGAGGAGCCUGGCUGAAGUGGCAGAAGCAGGCCGAGCCACUUUGUGGUGUCAGGCCGAGCAUCCUCUGGCCAACAGGACAAUUCUCUACCAGAUGGUGGCACUAUAUGACUACACGGCACAGGGGCCUGAAGACCUGGAGUUCAGUGAGGGAGACACCAUCGACAUCCUCAGUGAAGUGAAUGAAGAAUGGCUAGAAGGACACACAGCUGGAAAUAUUGGCAUUUUCCCCAGAUGUUUUGCCUACAGAGACUCUCCAGAGAAAGUCAGUGAAGCGACAUCACAAUGAAAUGAUAAAUAGUGACUGUAAAUAGAUUAAGAUGUGUUUGCUGAGUAAUACUGUGUAUAAAAAAAAUCUAUUCAAAAACAUCAAUGAACGUGCAGUACUGUAUUUAACCCAGCUUUUCACAUUCUAAUCAUAUUGAUUAUAUGAAAUCACAACUGCAGUUGUUUGCAUGUUUCUAUUAGUAUCAGUGUAUGAUAUUUGUUUCAGCCUGUAAUGGAAAUUCCACACCAUAUGACCUUCAUUUAUGUUAAUAUUAGCUAUGUUAUUUGAUUACAUAUUGUAUAUUAUUCCACUAAGGUUAAAUCUGUCUGCCAGGCAUAAUUAGCAGCUACUUAUUGUACAAACGUAAUAGGUGGGGCAACUGGAUGAAUGUAACUUCACAUAAAACUGGAUUGUCAGAGUC